AUGCCGGUAGAGGAGGCCGAAGAAAGGCUGUGGAGGAGCCUGGGAAGUACAUCGCAGGUCUCAGGGACAUCUGACAGGAACACCAGCCCACCACAGCACUAUCAUGUUGUUGAUGGUUUGCAUCGUCUGACCAAAGAGGCAUCACAAGAUCCAACUGUCGAGAUGAAGCAAAUAAUGAGAUAUGGCUGGAGGGAUCCUUUGCCAGCAUCUGCAGGACAGUUCUAUGUCAUCGCCCCCUGCAGACAUACAAGGGACAAAAUCUCCCGGCAUCUCUGGCGUACUUGGCGACUUAUUAGCAUGUAUGGGAUCAACCUCAAUCCAACCUUGGGUGCUGCAUUCAUCGGGAUUUUCUUCUAUGGUAUCACUGCCCUUCAGACAAUUUACUAUUUCAUGACAUAUCCGAAAGACAAGCUUCACUUGAAACUUCUAGUGUUCAUACUGUGGAUUCUGGACACGACAUCCCUUGCAUUUGUGGCACACGGUGUCUACACCCUUCUCGUUCUUGAUUUUGGCAAUUUCUUGGCAUUGGAAUAUGCGGAGCCCAUGGUGUUGGUGACUAUUGCUUUGAUCGUUCAUCUGUUUCUAGUCUACCAUAUCUGGACAUUGAAUCAAAACUGGUGGAAAUAUGCUAUCUUUCUGGUGCUGUUCUCUAUUGCUCCUUUCAGUACAUAUUGCAUGAGCGUGUUAACAUCUCUCGUUGGUGUUCUAACUGCUGCUACCAACGUAUAG